CACACGCCAUGUGGGCCAACGACACAACAAAGCCCCUGUGCCCCAUCCUGGAGGAGAUGACCCGCCUCCAAAGGCACAGCAACUCCAGCAUCCGCUACAUCGACCACGCCUCGGUGGUGCUGCACGGGCUGGCCUCCGGGCUGGGCCUGAUGGAGAAUGGACUCAUCCUCUUCCUGGUGGGCUGCCGCAUGCGGCAGACGGUGAUCACCACCUGGGUGCUGCACCUGGCGCUGUCCGACCUGCUGGCUACCGCCUCUCUGCCCUUCUUCACCUACUUCCUGGCUGUGGGCCACUCCUGGGAGCUGGGCACCACCUUCUGCAAGCUGCAUUCCUCCAUCUUCUUCCUCAACAUGUUCGCCAGCGGCUUCCUGCUCAGUGCGAUCAGUCUGGACCGCUGCCUGCAGGUGGUGCGGCCAGUGUGGGCGCAGAACCACCGCACGGUGGGAGCGGCCCACAAGGUCUGCCUGGUGCUCUGGGCCCUGGCCGUGCUCAACACCGUGCCCUACUUCGUGUUCCGGGACACCAUUGAGCGGAAGGAUGGGCGCAUCAUGUGCUACUAUAACCUGCUGCUCCUCAACCCCGGGCCCGACCCCAACGCUACGUGCAACUCGCGUGGGUUGGCCCUGGCCGUCAGCAAGUUCUUGCUGGCUUUCUUGGUGCCACUGGUCAUCAUCGCCUGCAGCCACGCAGCCGUGAGUGCCCGGCUGCGCCAACGCGGCCGCCGGAGGUCUGGGCGUUUCGUUCGCCUGGUGACCGCUGUGGUGGCGGCCUUCGCGUUCUGCUGGGGGCCCUACCACGUCUUCAGCCUGCUGGAGGCGCGCGCGCACAACGACAAAGCACUGCGGCCGCUCGUGUGGCGCGGGCUGCCCUUCGUCACCAGCCUGGCCUUCAUCAACAGUGUGAUCAACCCGCUGCUCUACGUGUUCGCCUGCCCUGACAUGCUGAACAAGCUGCGGCGCUCGCUGCGCAGCGUGCUGGAGAGCGUGCUGGUGGACGAGACCGACCUCAACACCGGCAGCAGCCGCCGGCGCCGCGCCUCCUCCACCCCCGCCCCGGUCCCUGCCUCCCGCCUGUCCAGGCCGCAGCGCCUGCUGGAGUGGCUGUGCGGUGGCCUUGCUGAACCAUCGCAGAAGGGCCGGGCCGGAUCCCUGGAGGAGAAGGGCCCCCUGAGGCAGGCGACAGGCACCACAUGUGGUUAG